AUGGGGAAAGGAAAACGGCUCAGCCGCGGGAGAACCGCCGCACCGGUGACUCCCGACUGCGCCCGUAACUUUUGGAAAAUAAAAUUACCCAAGAAAACAGCCAGACGAUACCCAGCAUAUGAGCUCUAUCUCUAUGGGGAAGGGAACUACGCCGAAGAAAACAAAAAUCUCCUACUGACAGGAAUUCCAGUUCUCUUUCUUCCUGGGAAUGCUGGCAGUUACAAACAAGUACGUUCUCUUGGCUCCAUUGCACUUAGAAAAGCAGAAGAUAUUGACUUCAAGUAUCAUUUUAAUUUCUUCAGUGUCAACUUUAAUGAGGAGUUGGUUGCAUUGUAUGGUGGUAGUCUGCAACGACAGACCAAGUUUGUGCAUGAAUGCAUAAAAGUAAUUCUUAAGUUGUACAGGGAUCGAGAAUUUGCACCGACCAGUGUUGCAAUAGUAGGUCAUUCCAUGGGUGGUCUUGUUGCAAGAGCAUUGCUUACUCUGAAGAAUUUUAAGCCCGAACUUAUAAACCUCCUCAUUACGCAAGCCACACCUCAUGUUGCACCUGUAAUGCCUUUAGACAAGUAUCUUACUGAUUUUUAUACAGCUGUAAACAAUCAUUGGAUUCUAAAGGCCCAAGAUUUAAGAAAUUUAACUACCCUUUCUGUGGCGGGAGGAUUCAGAGAUUACCAAGUUCGUUCAGGACUGGCUUUUCUACCAAGAUUGAGUCAACAUGACAGUGCCUUAUCUGUUGUGAGCUCAGCUGUGCCUAGAGCUUGGGCCUCAACAGACCAUCUCUCCAUAGUGUGGUGCAAAGAAUUGGUCCUGGCUACCAUUAGAGCUUUUUUUGAUCUCAUAGAUGAAAAUACAAGGCAGAUAACUGAGGAUCCAAAGAAGAGAAUGUCUGUACUGAAUCACCACUUUGUGAGACACCCUGCAAAGAUAUUUGAGGAAAAUCCUGAAGCUUUUGCAGAACUCACAGGAGCUUUCAUGUGGAUUACAGUCAAAGCCUCAAAAUGGACUUACUCAGUUUACAAUGAUUCUGAUGGAAAAUAUUUCAUAUUUCCUCUUGCAAGCCACAGAAAAUUAUACAGUCACAUUUACUGUGAAAACAGUAUGUUGGACACAAGUAGCUGGAUUUAUGGCUGUAGGAACAGUAAUUCAUCGAUGUGCCUGGAAGCUACUGAUUUAUCCUGGAGAGCUGAGUUACUUCCAACCACCAAGGUUGUAAUACUGAAACUUCAGGACUAUCCUUUGUCCCACAUUGUCAUUCAGGUACCACCCACAGCUGGCAAUAAGUAUACUUUGGGCUGUGAAUUCUUCAAAGAAGAUUCCAGAACAGUACAGCUUCCUGUAACACAUCUUUUCUCAUUUGGACUUUCUUCAAGCAAAAUUCUAUUAAAUUCAACUGGCUUAGUUUACAAUGUACAGCUCCAGCACUUUAACCAAAUAUAUCAAGCUUUCAAAAUUUAUAUAGAGAGCCACUGCCAGUCACUCAAAGAAAGAAAACCUAGUGUUUACAGACUUCAUAUACCCUGGUCACAUGAAGACUCAAUAACUGUAGCGAAAGUUCCAUCUUUUACUGAGAUUUCUGCAAAACUGCAUAUUGCUCAGCCUCAAAAUGACAGCAGGGUUCCAGAGUUAAAUAUUUACUCUUCUUCAGACUGUCAGUAUGAAGUAAUUCUGAAGACGUCACUUCUACAGGUUCUUGGGCAAAUAAUAAGAUUCCAUGCUGGCGCUCUUCCUGUCUAUAUUGUUUCUAAUAUUCUUCUUACUUAUGGAGGACAAUUGAGCACAUUGAUAUCAACAGGCCAGUGCUCAGACUUUUCCCUUGAACUAGUUAGGACAGCUAAACCCUACAAAGUAGAACCUCUUAUAAACAUUGUUGUGUUUCUGCAGGGGUUUAACUGGUUUAGAGAGAUAUGGGAGUCACUGUCGCUGCCAGAGGUGGAUGCUGCUGUACUGAGUAGUCGGGAUGCAUGGUUCCCCCUUGUGUCCCUGAUUCUAUUUCUUUUUGGGACAGGCAUUGCCUACUGGAGUGGAGUAUUUUUCUCUACAUCUCUGAGACUCUUCUCUUCAUUGUGGCUAACUCUGAUUAGACCUACUGUACUUCAAAAAGAUAAGUUGAUUACACCCAGAAGACUCUGCAGGGUGUUAUCCCUUGCUUUGGUUAGCUGGACCACUUGCGGUGCAUUUGCUGUAUUCAUUAUUUAUCUUCAGUAUUUGUUUAAGGUACUGAAAGGCUAAACGUUUUUAAUUUAUAACUGAAUUCAAAAUUUU